AGGACGGAGUUCAUUAUUCUCCAAACAGUGUCUCUCUGUUCUCCAGGAUGGGUUUCGGCAGCAGUGGUGAACGGAUAGACAGGUCAGAGGUCAGCUUCUGCUCGGGCUCAUGUCACGCUGAGCACAUCCUGCAGGUUCUGAACUCCUACAGACGCAGCGGCUCCUUCACUGAUGUGGUUCUGCAGGUGGGCGGCUGUGAGUUCCCCUGUCACCGUGCCACGCUCUGUGCCAGCAGCGGCUUCUUUCGGACUAUGUUCAGCAGCCGCUUCACGGAGAGCCGACAGGCCGCGGUCACCCUGCAGGACGUCUCCAGAGCCGCCAUGGAGAAACUGCUGGACUUCAUGUAUGAGGGCAGACUGACGCUGGACGAGGAGAAUGUGCAGAGCAUCUUCCAGGCAGCGGAUCGUCUGGACGUGCCGGUGUUGUAUAAAGCGUGUGUUCAGUUCCUGCAGGAGCGCGUCAGCCACUGCAACUGUCUGGGCCUGAUGUCGUUCGCCCACGCGUACAGUCUGCAGCCGCUGCAGGAGCAGUGUGAGACGCUGCUGUACCAGGACCUCCAGCAGGUCCUGCGGCACCCUGAGUUCCUGCAGCUGGAGAAGCAGCAGGUGUUGGAUCUGCUGCGCUGCGAGCGGCUGCAGGUGCGGGAGGAGGUGCUGGUGGAGGCGGCGCUGUGCUGGGUGCACCAUCAGCCGGCCCAGAGGAGCGCACACCUGCGGGAGCUGCUGGAGCCCCUGCGCCUGCCUCUGCUGGACCAGGCCUUCUUCUGCGGGACGCUGGAGGCAGACGAGCUGGUGCGGGACCGGCCCGAGCUCAGAGACCUGCUGCAGGAGGCGCGCCUGUACCACGCUUACGGCCGAGAGGUGCAGUCCCAGCGCACCACACCCCGACCGUGCUCCGGCUGGGCAGAGAUGAUCUUCGUGUUCGGUGGCUGUGAUAAGAGCGGUUUCUCCAGACUCUCCUUCAUGGAGAAGCUGAAUGUGUGUUCAGGACAGUGGCAGGGGGCCGCCGCCGUGCCCGGAUACUGCAAAUCUGAGUUUGCUGCCUGUGAACUGCAGAACGACAUCUAUCUGUCAGGUGGUCAGCUGAACAGUGCAGACGUCUGGCGCUUCAUGUCGUCUCUGGGUCAGUGGGUGCGUGUGUGUUCGCUCAGCCGCGGCCGCUGGAAGCACAAGAUGGUGUCGCUAUGUGGGAAGCUGUAUGUGGUGGGUGGUUAUAACGGUCGUGAGUGUGUGUCCACCGUGGAGCGCUACAGUCCUCAUGAGAACAGCUGGACCAGUGUGUCGGAGCUCCCGUUGCCCGUCAGUUCAGCUGCUCUGGCUAGCUGCUGCGGGAAACUCUACGUCAUCGGAGGAGCUGUGAGCGACCACGCAAACACUAACCAGGUGCAGUGUUAUGACCCUCUGACCGACAGCUGGUCAUAUGUGUCUCCGUGUCCGUUCUCUCAGCGCUCCAUCAGUGCGGUCUCGCUCAACGGCUCCGUCUACGUGACUGGAGGAUUGAUGGAGCAGAUCUACUGUUACACACCCAGUAAAGACUGCUGGAGUCCUGCUGCCAAACUGCCUGUCAGACUGGAGGGCUGUGGUCUGACGGUGUGUGCGGGGACGGUUUAUGUGGUCGGUGGUCGUACUGAAAAGGCCACUGCUGUGGAUCAGACAUGGAGUUUUGAUCCGCUCAGUGGUAAAGUGAUGGAGGAGACGUCGCUGACCCGCUGUCUCAGUUAUCACGGCUGCGUGAGCGUCCUGCAGCGACUCUGAACACACAACAAUACUGCAAACACUGAAGCGCUGUUCACUGCUUCAGCACCAUCAUCACACACGCCGCUCUGAAUGCACAUCAUUACAAACAGGGCUGAGGAAGGUUACUUCUGAAAGAAAUGGAUUACAAUAUUGAGUUACUCUCAUAAACAGUAACUAGUUGAGCAUUGAGACUAUAAUCCCCUUAUCUUUUUCUUCAUGUGUACAGAAUAAUCAACGAGUGUGCAGAAAUUUAAUCUUUAUUAAAGCUAAUUAAUUCAAAUGAAAAGUAACUUGCAUUCAAUUUAAGAAGUAACCUAAAUACUAUUUUUUAAAGUAAUCUAUAACUACUCAUUACUUAGAAAAGUAAUAUUAUAACGUAACUCACAUUACUUCUAAUGCAUAAGUCUCAACACUGGUUACAGUCACAUUACUAUUAUUACUAAAGUCAUGUGGUGAUUAAUCUGUACAAUCAGUCAACGGCUGCAUUUAUCCUCUAUAACCUCACUGCGGGAAAUCCCCAAAGCAAAUGUGAAUCAUUUUAUACUGUGAAGAUGCUUUUAUCAGUUUGUUCAUGUGUUUAAAUAUUAUAUUGUGUUACUUGAGUCUUGAAGAACUGCUGUAUUAUAAUAAUAAUAUUAUACGUGCUGCACACAUCAUGUCAAACAGAAUCUGUCAUGAGCUCUGAUUAGGAGUGUCUCUGAAUUAAGACUGAAGAUGCUUCAUGAACGUUCUUGUUUGUCUUGAUGAAAAUAAUAAUAAUGUAUUAAUACAAUGUUCAAAAACGACUAGAAUAAAAAUAAAAGAC